AUGGCGGCGUUUGGGGAGCCGAACAGCUAUGGCCAUGCUAUGAAAUCACAGUUCCUGUUCGAUCCCAGAUGGACUAAUCUCAAUCACGGAUCUUUUGGUACUUAUCCACUGCCAGUCAGAAAUGCCAUGAGAGGUUACCAAAAAUUGACGGAGGCUGCUCCGGACAAGUUCUUGCGAUAUCAAUACAUCGAUCUUCUGGAUAAGUCAAGGGAACGCAUCGCGAAGAUCGUCAACGCUCCCGUGGAUGAGUGCGUCUUCGUGACCAAUGCAACUACUGGUAUUAACACUGUGCUGCGGAAUCUGGUCUACAAGCAGAAGGACGUCAUCAUCUAUUUCGACACAAUAUACGGCGCUAUCGACAGGACACUGAAAUCUAUCAAGGAGACCAAUCCUCAAAUCACCCUUCGCAAAGUCGGACAUGGACAAGACUUCGCCUAUACGUUACCGUGUACUCACCCUGAUAUUCUCAAUGCGUUCUCGCAGACCAUAUCGCGGAUCUUGUACGAUGGAUAUACGCCAAGAGUUGCCGUCUUCGACACGAUUGUUUCCAAGCCCGGGGUGCGAUUUCCAUUCGAACGAUUAACUAAGAUGUGCAAAGAAUAUGGCAUCCUUAGUAUGAUCGAUGGGGCGCACGCAGUCGGACAGAUUCCACUAAACCUCUCACAGCUCGAUGCUGAUUUCUUCGUUACCAAUUGUCACAAAUGGCUGUACACACCUCGUGGCUGUGCACUCCUGCAUGUUCCAAAGCGUAAUCAGCAUCUACUGAGAACAUCGUUACCCACGUCAUAUGGCUACGAGCCAGCAGAUGGAGAGAAGAUGAAAAACAACGACCUCGCGGAAUCGUCGAAGACAGGUUUCGUCAAGCUGUUCGAGUUCGUCGGCACAGCAGACAACUCACCCUUCUAUUGCGUACCUGCUGCACUGAACUUCCGACAAAAUCUGUGUCCAGGCGGUGAGGAGGGAAUAUACAACUAUAUCAGACACGUGGCGCAACGGGGAGCUGACUUACUAGCGAUGGAGCUCGGUACAGAAGUGAUGGACGAGAUGGACGAAGGCCGCGGGCUCAAGACGAUGGGAAGCUUCGAAGCCAGCGAUCGACGUGACUCGGUGAGGGGCUAUACCGGUGGACUCCGAGAUUGUGCAAUGGCCAAUGUGCUCUUGCCCAUGCACAUUGAGGGAGCUGCCAGUAUCGGCUCGAUAGCUCAUGGUCCAGGUGGAGCUGGCAGCGCUGGUGGUCUCAGUCCCCUUCAUGGACAGGGCCGGAAGUCAUCAUACGGGUUUCCGAGUGCGAAGAUGUACAGUGGUGGAAGCUCACAUGUUGCUUCGGCUUCGUUGGGCGGAGGAGUGCUCUCGCCACCGAGUGCGCCUUGGAUGUCCUCAGAGAUGAGCACGAGUCCGAAAGGCAGUCCAGCGGGCAGUCCCAUGGGAAGUCCUUCGCUCAGCUCGACAGGUGGCGGCGCGGUCAUCGUGAAGCCAGAAGACGUCAAGAAGCACCUAGAUUGGAUGAUGAAGAUCCUGGUGGACGAGUUUCGGACAUAUGUGACACUGUUCGAAUACAACGGGAAGAUCUGGGUGCGGGUCAGUGGCCAAAUCUAUCUGGAGCUACGGGACUUUGAAUGGCUUGGAAGUGUGCUGAAGGCCCUCUGCGAAAGGGUCAGGAUGGGCGAGAGCUUGAAGGAUGAGGAUGACAGCAGAGUCGGCAGAGUCCACUCACGCGCUGAGUCAACUUUAGAUCUGGAAGCCCUCGGAAGAACUGUCAGCGAAGUCAGGCUUGGACCGCCGUUGAAUUCAACUCCGGCGCCACCAGUGCCGCCGGUUCCUGGGGCAGGGAGUGCUGCAUCAUAUGCAACUCGGAGAUUUGAUGGUGCACUGGGACAAUGGGUCGAAGCUUGA